UAGGAAUAUCUCGUUAAGUUUGUACCCGUGGAAUGAUAAUAUGGACGGACCGAGCAGAGGACCGAAAAACGCAUGGCGUAGAACUCGGAAAGAAUCACUAGAGUUCACGAAUGAAGUGGAAUCACUCACUACCAACCAAGAAUUCAUUAAGAAUUUGAGAAAGCUUCCUGAGGAGCUCAUUCGACUCCGAAGCGAGAACGAGAGACUGAAGAAGGAAGCCCAAGCGAUGCGGUCCAGGUAAACAGUAGAACAAAUACACUCUGUAUAUCGAAUCUGUACUCAGUUCCCUUUAGCCGAUCCAGUGUCUGAUUUGGAAGCAAUUUUAUUACUUAUAACUUGAUAAAGCCGUGAUACAACGUACAUUUUCGGCUGAACAACUUUGAUCUUGCCAGGAGUAAUCGCCAUAUGCAAAUUAACGAAAUUCCACGAUCUCUUGUCAUUUGUUGGGAUUCAAGUGGGUGGAUUUGCCCCUCUAAUGUGUAUAAAAGGGAUAACAGCACAGGACUUGUGGGGCAAUUACUCGAGGGUUUGAAAUCAGGUUCUCGCAAUUGAGGCUGUGACUAGAAUAUCCUCGCAAACUGCCAGGGUAGGGAGGGUGGAGAGGGUGCAGAGAGUAAUUUGUGAAAAUUCCUACUUUUAUUUUUCAGGGUAGAGUCACCUGGCCAGGAAACCAUUAGUGAGAGAUGGUUAAAAGACCAACAGGAGUCCAAAGAAAAACAGCUUAGAACAGACAUGACGAGCUUUGCUCAAGAAAAGAGUUCUCACCAGGGAUGCGUAAAAUGAUCCAUAGGCUUGUCAAAAUAAAGCGAGAGGGCUCAAUUAGCAAGUGAAAGCGAGGUGUUUGGCUUCGAGCGUGAAAUUAAUUGAAGUUAACAAUUAAAAUGUAAACAGGCGCGAGGAUCCGCGCGGCUUGCGCGUUAGGAGUGCUACGUAAAUUUAGGACUCUUUUGCACAAUUUUCUCUUUGGAGAUAACUACGCAUUCAUGGCGUGAAUGGCAAUUUUCAUAAUUGUAGAAUGAUUCAGCGACAAGAACGGCUUAGCUAAGCCGUAGUGUGUCAUGGCAUUUGAAGAUAGCCUGGUUGUAGCGCGUGACAUGACUAUCAAGUAACAGUUAUUGUACCCAGCAUGUUUUGUUCGUGAUCUACAGAUUUAUUGGUUUGUGACGCAAAGAGCGAUUAUCUGUUCUGUCACGACAAUACCAAAAUUAAAUUGUGUUAGCCAACUUAUAUUUCACUCUGAUCAGACCUUUGACCCUAAGUCAACAUGGAAGCCGGUGAGCCGCUCGGUAAGGAC